GCAUUUUUAUUAUUAUAGUUAUUUGCAAUCAGUGGCCUCGAGAUCAUCGAACAGCCGACAAGCGUAUUUAUGACUCAAUGCAAACAUGCCCCAUAUCAACAAUCUUAUUUAUUUUAUGAUUCACUGACGUUGUAUACAUGAAUUAUUUGAUGCCUUGAUGAAAACAAAUAUUUGAGAGCAUCCAUCGUGAAUACUAACAUCGAUAACGAUUUUCACCACUACGCAAGACUAUUCACACUCGACUCAACGUCUCUCUCAUGAAUCACACACAGAUCAUGACGCAGCUAUAUAAGCUUUCAUCGCCUCUCUUGCCAUUCUAUUCUCCAUUUCAACAUUAAACAAUACUAUCACUGCGCAGAACAUCAUAACGAUACCUUCAUCAUCCAUAAUCAUGACUACCUAUGAGGCCGUGCCUAAUACAGAUGGCCAGAUUCUUAUACCCAUCAGGAAGAAGAAACCGGUUCUUCCUCAGAAUGAUAGCCCUCGCGCUAUACCUUCAUCACAACGACCACCAGGCAAGAGAAUGCCUGUCCGAAGAUUUGGGGCUCAACCACGGCCACCAUCACCGCCGUUUCAAAGACCUGUCUACAAAUCCAGAAAUCGGACACCGAAAGCUUUGCGACCAGGAAAAAGUCAACCCUCAAGAUAUAACUUGAAUAAAAGACUCGAAGCCCGGGAAUUUGCCAACAGAGGGCUUCGAGCUAUUGAUUCAUCCACUCGCUAUCUGAAAGAUUCGAAAACCAGCACCUUGAGCUCUCAUGCCUCAAAUCAAAGUAUCAUAGCUGACGGUUCAAAGUUUCUGAGACGGAAGGAGAACCCAUUGAUGAAAUCAAAGGGCAAGAAUCAGGCAAAUGUAAUGAGUCUUUCAUAUAUCAUGGAUCAGCUGCCUAGUGCUCAGGAUUUUCUGUCUGCUUCCGACGAGAUAGAGGAGAGUGACAUCGACUUGACUGCCAGUUCCCGGAGCGAAGAGGAAGACGAAUCGGAAGACGAAGGUCGGGAAGAAAUAUCACCUUUGAUUGGGAAUAUUCCAUACAGUCAUGGCAUCCCUAAUGUUUCAAACUAUCGUCGUCAUAUUCUUAACCAAACCAACGUAGCAUCUCUGCAGGAUUCUUUGCUUAAUACACCUGUGAAAGUCGAGGACAUCGAACAAGCUGUCAAAACUUUUGAUUUCGUUGGUGGCAAACGAACACCAGGUACAAUGCUAUCCAGGGCGAGACGCAAAUUGCCAGCGAUUGAAAGAAGAGGCCCAGCGUAUCUUCAGUAUCAUCCGAACUAUAUGGCUUUAUCACCUUCAACUUUGCCUCCGCCUAUUCCAAGGACCACAGCAUCGCCCGAUCUCAGUACAUUAGAACAUACCGCUAUAACUACACUUGCCAGCCUCAAUCGAUUUUAUGACUCGAAAAGCUUGUAUCCUAGUGCCACUAUGAUAUCAGGUUCGAACCCAAAUUCACCAGCACCAGCCAAUGAAAGUGAUCAAACUCACAGCCUCAGUCUGAAACGUCCAUCAUCUCAUAUCUCCACCCAUAUCCCUACAGAAGCUCACCAGUCUACUUUGCAUGCAUUACUAGCAACGACUGAGCUCGAUCCAUCCACAAAGAGAAUACGUAUAAGCUCUAUUCUGGACCCGACACCCCCUCCAGAAUUUACGUCGCCGAAUCCCCAAAAUCAAUUCUUUGGCUCUCUCUGUAGCGAGACUUCUUCUCCUCGCGAUUCGCCCAAGUUCGCUAGCGAUCUCGAAAAUAAUAACUCAAUGCCAUCUCAGUAUUCUGACGCCUACCCAUCUCCUCCUAAAUCAGCAUCAUUGCCAUCAUCAUCAGUUCCCCUUAGGACUAGCCCACGACCCUUCGAUCCUCGAGAUACAAGUCCAAACAGGUCUCUCCCCAUGGCAUCCACAAAUUUACAAUCUCAUCUUGAUUCAUUCAGCGACCGUGCCUACAGCUCUCCUGCAUCCCCACGGCCAUUGUUUCCCGAACAUAGAUUUCAAACUCCAGCUCUUACCGAGAUAGCUUCAAAAUCUCUGAUUCCAAUGAUUACCGAUAACAGGAAGCCAAAUCCAACACCACAGCCUCAACUACUUCUCUUUAAUAAUCAAGCCUACUCACCUCUACCCGCACGAUCCCCAUCUACCAUUUGCUCGUCAUCAUCUCCGCUCUCAUCCUCACCCACCAAAUCCAAUUCAAACUCACUCCCACGCAAACACUUCGCUUACAGAGCAUGGAAACUGCGUUCUUCACGCUCCAUACUCACCAAUCUCUCUGGUCCAAACGUUCCGCAGUACUUAGUCGUAAUCCGCAAUGACGAUCGAUCAAAGUCCACUCCAAAUCCGGGUAUCUUGAAUACAAGUAGCAACACGAGUAAAUGGUGGAGUAUACUUGCCGGAAAAGAGGGUUUGGACGAGAUCAGAAAGAUUUUCGAAUGAAAACAAAUACAUGUAUAAAUAGGAAACGGAAGAAUAGGAACUCGGGGAGUCA